GCUAGCUCGGGAGAUGUCCAGGAGGCGCCAUCCCGUCGUCAUGACAACGCCGCCGGCCGAGGAGGAGCCGCAACCAGUUCCAGAGGCGGCCACCAAGGGCUGUGGAGCUUGGAGAUGGCCGAGUUCCCCUUGUGGGAGGAGCAGGACCCAGCCGCCUCAGACGAUGACGUGCCGAGCAAGCACAAGAGGACCAAGCGCAAAAAGCCGGAGAAGGCGCUGUGGCAGAAGCUUGGCGUCUUUUUUGCGGGCAAGAAGGCGGCGCGCUCCAAUCUCCGGCUGGUGGACGAUGCAGCAUUGCAACACGACGAGCCUAAGUAUGUGGAGCACGCGAAGAGACCGGAGACCGUCAGUCUGCCAGACCGGAGCUCGCCGCAGCAGCCCGACAGUCGAACACGUUCGCCCGGAGCCAGACCGAAGGCCAGAGACCGAGUCCGGCAGCGCAGGAAACACAGCGCACUUUCAGAAAUGUAGAACAUCAUGACAGCCGUUGGGAAUCAACUGGAAACUUCUCGCUGGCAGAAGCAGGCUUUUAUUGCGAGGAAAUGAUCGAACUGCUUGUGAUUUUACGUCUCCAGCUAGUAACAUCAGGAAGUUUGAUGCAAACAUGCUCGAUCAUUCACUUCACUGCAGCUUCUCGCAGGCGUGCGAUUCCACAUCAGCAAACACAUAGCAGGCGCAUUUUAUCGAGAAAUAUAUGAAGUGCAUGUUAUGUUUGGAUAAACCAGAAAUACAGAAUGAAUAGUUUUC